UCCAUAUCCGACGAUCCUCCUUUGUUACACGAUGCCUCAAAAUAACGAUCUGUUUAUUCACCACUUUCUACUUUUCUGCACUGCUGUUGUCGCCAUAGACGCUCACACCUUCUGUCAAGUUUGAGAGGCACGGCCAGAUAUGUUUCCCUGCAUGGUCCAGGCGCAGCUUUUUCAUCAAUCGCAGGGUAUGCUCGCCUGGAUUCGUCUGUGCCCAGUCCUGUACAUCUGCGCCGUGGUGCUGUGUCUCUGUUGCGCCAAGUAUGUGUUCCCGUGGAUGAGGGCUCUGUGGAUUUUGAGGACUGCUCCUAAGCCGCCCCAGAAAUGGGUAUUUUCGAUUAUGUUCGAAAUGUGGGAACGCAUGUCCCGAAUGGAUCCGAGUUUGAAAGUGACUGCAAGAAUUUUCAAUUACCUGGAAAGGAAGUUUGACGAGAUCAUCGAUCACGAUUUCACUGUCGUCUACUUCGGUUUACAACCCUUUCUGCUCGGUACGACACCUGAUACAGUCGAGGCUAUACUGACGAAUUCCCAGAAUCUCAACAAGCCGUUCCUGUAUAACAUGCUGAAGCCGUGGGUCGGAACAGGUAUAUUAACAAGUGACAAAGAGCUGUGGAGGACAAAGCGAAAAGCCAUCACGCCAGCAUUCCACUUCAAAAUCCUGGACGACUACGUUCCCGUCAUGAACAGAAGGGCGUUGCAGCUGGUGCAGAGAUUGCGGGCGCAAGACUUGGGAGAAUAUAUCGACGCCCUUCCUGUGAUACGAAAGGCAGCCUUCGGAAUCCUAUUCGAAACUGUACUUGGAGUGGAAAUUGAAGAGGAUGAGGUGGAGAGAAAGGGUCUACUGGAAGUCAACGAUGAGAUAGCGGAAAGCAUCAUGACGAGGAUGCUGAAUGUCUUCAAGUGGCCGGACUUCUUGUAUAACCUAAGCAGAGACGCAAAGCUUUUCAUGCAGAGAGUAAACUACUUCAGGAAGUAUUGCGAUAACAUAUACCAAAAGAAGAAAGCCAACUAUGACAGGACAGCGCCAAACAAAAGCUUCUUGGAUAUCCUCCUUCGUAUGCACAUUGAAGAGAAGACCAUAACUGAAGAUCAAGUGAGAGAUGAAGUCAGCACGAUAUUCAUUGGGGGAUUUGAUACGACUGCGACAGCUGCCGCGUUUAUGCUUCAUCUUAUCGGUAAUCACCCAAGGGUCCAACACAAACUAAGGGAGGAAAUCGACUCCGUGUUUGGAAGCGACAAAGAACGGCCGGUUACAACCGCAGAUAUUAAGCAGAUGAAAUACCUGGACUGCGUCCUAAAGGAAGCCAUGCGGCUGUACCCGCCUGCGCCAGUGGUGGCGAGGAAAAUAGACGAAGAUUUCAAAAUCGGCAAACAGACCAUUCCCAGCGGCACGGUUGCUCUCGUCACUAUUUAUUUCUUACACCGACAUCCGAGGUUCUACGACAGACCGAACGACUUCAUUCCAGAACGAUUUCUCGAGCAAAAGGAGAGACAUCCCUUUAUGUAUGUUCCUUUCUCAGGAGGAUCACGGAACUGCUUGGGACAGAGAUUUUCCCAACAGGAAGACAAAAUACUUCUGACAUAUAUCCUGAGGUGGUUCAAGGUAGAGUCAAAGCUGCAAUCCAAAGACCUUCAGCUAUCCCUCGAACUCAUUCUGAGACCCGUACAAGGGCUCGAGGUGAAACUAACGCCGAGAGAUGACUCGAUCGUCGCUCUCCUCUGGUGCAUAAAGCGGUUAUAUGAGUGUAUGCGCGUGUGGUGGUACCUCUUCCACGUACCACGACCGAGAGGUCAUUGGAUGUUUUCCACGAUACUUGAGAUGAAGAAAGGUUUUGCCCAGUUGCAUGGGGACAUUCCAGUUACGGCAAGAUUGUUCAACUACCAAAAGCAACUUGGUGAAUUGAUGUGGGAUCAGGAACUCACGGCUAUCUUCUUCGGCCCUCAACCAUUACUGCUGUGCUAUACGCCUUCCUCAGCUGAGGGUGUCCUGAGCAACGUGAUGAACCAGAACAAACCUUUCCUGUAUGAUGGUUUUAAGCCCUGGCUUGGUAAUAAUGUCCUAACAAUGGAGUUAGAGGCCUGGAAGAGACGAAAGAGAGAUUUGAUGACCGCUUUUGACACGCAAUCCCUCGAAGGGUACAUGCGGAUUAUCAAUCGGAAGGCUGAAGACCUCACCCAAAGGCUGCAGAAGCACACAGGAGCGUAUCUGGAUAUAAUCCCUUUCAUACGAAGGGCCGCAUUCGACGCGAUAUAUGAAAUUGCAUACGGGAUUGAUCUAGAUGAUGGAUUUGACGACAGAGAAGCACUCAUGAAAUGUGUGGACAUAAUGAACGAAAAGGUGGUUGCCCGUCUUACUAAUGUGCACCAUUGGUUCGAUGCCUUAUACGCCUUCAGCGGUGACGCCAAGGAGUUCUACUCAUGCUGUCAGACGAUACGCAAAUAUUCGGGAAACAUAGUGGACAAGCGAUUGGAGGAGUACAUUUCGUCUGGCAACAAGCACCGUCGCGAUAAGCCGUGUGUUCUCGACGCACUGAUUAAGAAACAUGUGGACGAGCACAAUUUGACCCUGCAGGACGUGAAAGAUGAAAGUGCAGGAGCAAUCUUUGCAGUAAGUGCAGCAUAUGGCAUUUGUGGAGAUGGGGGGCCGGGAUCUCGCCACUUCCGAUGCUUAGAGGAUGUCCUGGAGCAUGGUGGAGAAACCAUUGCGUUCACGUUGGUCUUCAUGAUUCACCUGCUGGGAAACCACCCCGAUGUGCAAGCGAAGCUACAAGACGAGCUAGACAUGAUCUUCGGGGACGACAGAGACAGGCCAGUUACAAAGAAAGAUCUCAAUGAUCUAUCCUACCUCGAACUUAUAUUUAAGGAGACAGUUCGUCUAUACCCUACUGUUCCGUCAAUUGCCAGACGCAUUGCACAAGAUGUAACAGUAGGCAAACAAACGAUACCUAGAGGAACCAUAGCAGUUGUACUCAUCUACUUGCUGCACAGAAAUCCAAAGUGGUUCGAAAAUCCGGAAAGGUUUCUGCCUGAGAGAUUUCAUAACAGCACUGCUAUGCAUCCGUACCAAUACAUUCCGUUUGCUGGUGGUCGAAGAGGUUGCAUCGGGAAAACGUUGGCGGAACGCGAAGUCAACAUCUUCGCUGCUCACAUUUUCCGAAACUUACGAGUAGAAUCAAGGUGUCCCACAGAUAACAUUCAGCUCGAACUGAACGUGGUCUUAAAACCAGUGAACGGUACGGAAGUCAAGCUGUCCAGCCGCUACACGGAAGUUCCUGCCCCUUUGGAGCGAACAGACGCGCGUCACACUCCGCGAUUGCUGCGUGAGUUGGGCAGCGUGCUGAGGAUGUCAGUUCUGACGGCAAGCAAGCUCUUUGACAAUGGCGUUCAUUCUUCGACAAUACUGACCUUUUUAGCCUAUGCGGCAGUGACAGCAGUGCUUGCGUUGUGCGCUAAACCGUUCCUCCAAUGGUGUCGUGUCGUUUGGUACAUUCGCAAAGUUCCGCGUCCGAAAGAGAGAUGGCCGUAUUCCAUCGUCUUCGACAUGUGGAAAACUAUGUCUGAGAUGGAUGGUAACCUGCCCGAUACUGCAAGGCUUUUCAACUACUUUGAACAGAUGCUCCCAACCAUUUGGGAUAACGAAGUCACCGCCACCAUGUACGGGCCCCAAGCUCUCUUAUUUGCCACAACUCCCACUGCCGCAGAGCCCGUGCUGAACAUUAUGCAAAACCAGAACAAGCCAUUCUUCUAUACUUUGAUGAGGCCCUGGAUCGGAGACGGCAUAUUAACCAGUGAGCUGUCCAAAUGGAAAGUGCGAAGGAAAGCCAUGACGCCAGCUUUCCAUUUCAAGAUGCUCGACGACUACAGCCCAGUGAUGAACAGAAGAGCUCGCCAGCUGGUGGAAAAGAUGAACACCUUGGGCGACGACCAUGCGGACAUUAUACCCGUCAUGCGAGUUGCCGGCUUCGGUAUCUUACUUGAAACCGCGUUUGGAAUAAGCCUCGAUGGAGCUGAAGCUGAGAGAAAUGACCUUCUUCAUGCAUUGGACGUCGUAGGAUCCAGGGUUAUUGCUCGAAUGAAGAACAUUCUGCACUGGCCAGACUUUGUCUACGGGUUCACAGAAGACGCCAAAGAAUUCUACCGUGCCUGCAAAGUUCUUCGCGAAUACAACGAAGGGGUUAUUCGCGACAGAAUUGAAGAAUACAAGUCCGAACUAGUCAAAGACUACAGGAAGAACCCAAGCUUCCUGGAUAUGAUGUUGAAACUGCACAUCGAGGAAAACAGCAUUACACUCGAAGAGGCAAGGGACGAAGCUACGGCAAUAUUUAAUGGGGGUUUUGAAACAACAUCAAUUACUUUAUCAUACGCCCUGCACUUGCUGGGGAACAACACUGCGGUGCAAGAGAAGGUCCACGAAGAAUUGGACUUCGUCUUCGGCGAAGACCGCGACCGAGAUGUUACCCUGGAUGACAUGAAGCAUCUGACGUACCUGGAGUGCGUCCUCAAGGAAACGCUUCGGUUAUACCCACCACUGCCAACUGUUGCUCGAGAUAUCCAGCAAGACAUUCAGAUAGGCGGAUACACAAUUCCGAAAGGAACAACAGCCAUCGUGCCGAUCUACUUCAAUCACAGGCACCCCAGGUUUUUCGAAAGGCCGAACGAGUUCAUCCCCGAACGAUUUUUAGACACCGGCGUCAAGCGACAUCCGUUUCUCUACAUCCCUUUCGCAGCCGGUCCCAGGAACUGCAUCGGUCAAAAGUUUGCUCAACGCGAAGAGAAAAUCCUUCUCGCCCACAUUAUGCGCAAUUUCAAGGUCCAGUCCAAAUUGAAGUCCGAGGAUCUACAGCUUCAGUUAGACGUCGUCCUAAGGCCGUUGCAAGGGCUGGAACUGAAAAUGAUUCCGAGAGCAACGUAGCGCAAUAUUUGAAAGAUAGUCAACGUUAUUGUACAUUAAAUGAGGU